CGGACGGCGCGCCCAUUUCAGCAUCGUGGUUGCCGCUUUAAAAGCACAAGAGCGGACGUUGUUGGCGAGCAUGACUCUCCAGCUCGUCGCGAGCCUUCCUCCACCUCCAAAGAUCCCGCAAACUCGGCCCGCGAGUGCGCAUGGCGUCGUCGUCGCCGGCGGACCCGUCGCUGGAGACGGAGGCCCCCCACGCGGCCGUCACCAGGGAGCGGAGGCUCAACCCCGACCUGCAGGAGCAGCUUACCAAGCCAUAUCUCGCGCGGGCUCUCGCGGCGGUGGACCCGAGCCACCCGCAGGGGACCAGGGGGCGCGACCCCCGCGGCAUGAGCGUGCUUCAGCAGCACGCCACCUUCUUCGACCGCAACGGCGACGGCAUCAUCUACCCCUGGGAGACGUUUCAAGGCUUACGAGCAAUAGGGUGUGGGUACCCUGUGUCCUUUCUGGGCUCUAUACUGAUCAACCUCGUCCUCAGCUACCCCACUCAGCCGGGGUGGAUACCUUCCCCUUUGCUCUCCAUCCAUAUAAAGAAUAUCCACAAGGGUAAGCACGGGAGCGAUUCUGAAGCCUAUGAUACUGAAGGGAGGUUUGAUCCAUCAAAGUUCGAUGCUAUAUUUAGCAAAUAUGGGCUAACUCAUCCAAAUGCUUUGACAAAAGACGAGUUGAUGUCGAUGCUUAAAGGAAACCGCAAUAUGUAUGAUUUCCUUGGCUGGGUCACUGCCGCUGGUGAAUGGCUGUUGCUCUACAGCGUGGCGAGGGAUAAAGAUGACUUGUUGCAACGAGAUACUGUUCGGGGUGCCUUUGAUGGCAGUCUAUUUGAGCGAUUACAAGACAAUAAAAAAUCCUCCUGAAUGCAGCCAAAGAGUUUCAGCUCAAGAAAGGGUCGACAGUACAGUAUUUACCAUUGAGUUGUGUUCAAAGUAUCAAAUAAGGGUUGUUCGCAUCAACCGUGAUGUUGUUAAAGUUUCGGGUUGAUUUUUCUCAUAAAACAUCAAAUAAGGGAUAUUUGUCAGUUGAUUAUUAAUCAACCGUGAUGUUGUUAA